UAUGCUGAAUACUGCAUUUUCUGAGCAAAAGAUGAGUAAUCCUGGAAUUUCCUCUUUGGCAUCACCUCGUAGAAGGUUAGAAGGCAAAGUAGCAAUCAUAACUGGUGGCGCGAGUGGCAUUGGAGCUAGCACAGCUCGCCUUUUCCAUGAAAAUGGUGCCAAGGUCGUAAUUGCCGAUAUCCAAGAUAGCCUAGGACAAGCCAUUGCCGACAAGCUUGGUGAAAAUGCCUUCUACAUCCACUGUGACGUUUCAAAUGAAGACGAUGUCAGCAACGUGGUUGACACCACCAUCUCCAAACAUGGAAAGCUUGAUAUAAUGUACAACAAUGCAGGCGUCUUCGAUCGUCCGUUAGGCAGCAUCUUGGAAACUACAAAAUCAGACUUAGAUCUCGUAGUUGGAGUAAACUUGGUCGGAGCUCUUCUAGGAGCCAAGCAUGCUGCUAGAGUCAUGAUCCCUCAGCGUAAAGGUUGUAUAAUUUUCACUGCCAGCGCUACCACAGCAGUUGCAGGGAUGGCGAGCCAUGCUUACACAGCAUCAAAAUAUGGAAUAGUGGGACUAGCUAAAAACUUGGCAGCCGAGCUAGGCCAAUAUAGUAUAAGGGUAAAUUGUGUCUCACCUUUUAUUGUUGCCACUCCCAUGUCUGCGCCUACCGAAGGUGAUGUUCAAAAAGUAGAAGCAAUUUCGAGUGCAGUGGGGAACCUCAAAGGGAAAGUGUUGAAAGCAGAGGGAGUGGCACAAGCUGCGCUAUAUUUGGCUAGUGAUGAUGCAAAUUAUGUGAGUGGAGUCAACCUUAUUUUGGAUGGAGGAUUCAGCAUUGUGAAUCCUACCAUGAUGAAUGCUUUUAACCUUGUUCCAUAAAUUGGGAAAUUUGCAAUUUGAU